CUAGCCUUAUUAAUUCUGUGCGAAUGGUUAGACCGAUUUUGCAGGUAGUGUUUUCCUCACUGUCAAAUCAUUUGGAAAAAAGAUUGUACUUGUUGAAAAUUAUCUUGAUAUCACCUUCACAAGUCUAAUUUAAGUUGGCCUAGAAAUCUCUUAUUGUUUAAACACAGAUUAAAAGCUAAUAUAAAUGCAUAAGCAUGUAGGAUAUAGUAGAUAAACUUUAAAGAUUAGUACUCAAGUUUAUCAGAGUGUUAAGAUAUAUGUGUACUGAAUUCAUUUUAUGAAGUAAAGUAAAGAGAUAGGAUAGAAAGUUCAAAAAUGUCAGACAAGCUGCCAGAAACGAUUCAAGAACUGGAGACACCAUGUAUGUUAGUAGAUAUAGAUAGAGUUAAAAGAAAUUGUCAACAAAUGAUCGACAGAUGUAAGGAGAUGGGAAUGGAGCUAAGACCACAUAUGAAGACACACAAAACAAUAGAAGGAGGGGUAUUAAUGACCAAUGGAACAAAAAGGAAAAUAGUAGUGUCAACAAUUGAUGAGGCUGUAUUUUACGCUGAUAAUGGCUUCGAAGAUAUUCUCUGGGGAAGUCCAAUAGUGAAAGAGAGAAUAUCAGGGAGGUUGAUAAAUCUAGCAAAUAAAUUGGAAGAGUUUCAUGUGAUGGUUGAUUCUUUACAAGGACUCAAUGGUCUCCUAGCAACACCACUAAAUGAGGGUAAACAGUGGUCUGUGUUCUUAGAAGUAGAUUGUGGCAAUGGAAGAACUGGGUGUUUAUGGGACAGUGAGGAGGCUAUUCAAAUAGGGAAGACUGCAGAUGCAGCACCUAAUGUGAAGUUUCAAGGACUUUACACACAUUGUGGUAAUACUUACACACCCGACACUGAAGCAAAAGUGAAAGUACAACAAGACACAACUGAGAGGCUUGUUGCAUUGAAAAAGAGAUUAGCAGAGAAUGGAGUGGAGUGUAGGGUAGUUGGCUGUGGAUCUACACCAUCAAGCAGUAAACCUAUCGAAGGCAUGAAAACACUGACAGAGAUGCAUCCUGGCAACUAUAUAUUUUAUGAUUACAUGCAAGUUCUAUUAAAUUCUUGUACAUUUGAUGAUGUGGCGUGCAAAGUUGCAACAACCGUCGUGAGUCACAAACCGGAGACUAACACUAUAGUUGUUGAUUGUGGAUGGACAGCUUUUGGCCUCGAUGCUCCAAAUGAAAAAUUCCCGCAGGCUGUUCUCGGUAAAGCUCCGGUUGAAGGUCAUCCAGAAUUAAUUUUGGGUAGAAUGACUCAAGAACUUGGGAAAUUAACAACUGCAAGUGGGAAAAUAGACUGUAGUCAAUAUCCAUUAGGUUCAAGGUUGUACUUUUAUCCAUGGCAUUCAUGUUGCACAGCUUCACUACACAAAGUUUAUUACGUACAUUCUGGUGACAAAAUUGUCGGAACAUGGAAACCAACAAACGGCUGGUGAUCACAUAAUCUAGUUUAUCCUUGUUCUUGCCCCCACUGAAUUUGUUAAAUGGACUUGUCCUUUUUUGAUUUCGGAACUGUCCAUUGUAUUUUUUGAGGGAGUUCAGUAUAAAUAUAUUCAAAAUUUGAGC